CGUGAAUCUUAGUAAGCUAGCAAGAAGCUAGCCACACAUCAAAGAGUGAUGGCGUCUACAGCGAUGGAUACCACGUAAAUAAAUAAAUUCACUUUAAGGUGCGGUCGGUGCAUAUUGAUGUGUCGAUAACGGUCCUUAAAUACACGGAAUACAAAAUAGAAGGGUGUUGUUAUGGCGACCGGGAGCGGCGGGAGUGUCGGCGGCGGCUUGGCGUCAAACCAUGACGGUCAGGAGGCAGCGUCCAACUCGGCUCAGUGUGGAGCCGCAGCUGGGCUCUCCAACGUGCCAGCCUCCGGCCCUGCCCGGUCCGCCUCCCCGCCCGUCCUCGGCCUUCACCGGGAGCCCAUGUACAACUGGCAGGCGACGAAGAGCUCUCUGAAGGAGCGCUUCGCCUUCCUCUUCAACAACGAGCUGCUCAGCGACGUCAGGUUCAUCGUUGGGAAGGGCAGACAGGCCCAGAGGAUACCGGCCCAUAAAUUCGUCCUGGCCGCGGGCAGUGCUGUGUUUGAUGCCAUGUUUAACGGAGGCAUGGCCACAACGUCGACUGAAAUCGAGCUGCCUGAUGUGGAGCCUGCAGCCUUCCUCGCCCUGCUCAGGUUCCUUUAUUCUGAUGAGGUCCACAUUGGUCCGGAGACUGUGAUGACGACUUUGUACACGGCGAAGAAGUACGCCGUCCCCGCUCUGGAGAGUCACUGUGUGGAGUUCCUAACCAAGCAUCUCAGAGCCGACAACGCAUUCAUGCUCCUCACUCAGGCAAGGUUAUUCGAUGAGCCUCAACUUGCCAGUCUCUGCCUGGACACCAUAGACAAAAGCACUGCAGAUGCAAUAAAUGCAGAGGGCUUUACAGAUAUUGACCUCGACACCUUAUGUGCAGUGCUACAAAGAGAUACACUCAGCAUCAGGGAGAACCGUCUGUUCGGGGCGGUGGUACGAUGGGCAGAGGCCGAGUGUUACAGACAACAGCUUCCCCCGACCUCGGAGAACAAACAGAAGGUUCUGGGCAAAGCCCUCCCGCUCAUCCGCUUCCCGCUCAUGACUGUUGAGGAGUUUGCUGCAGGGCCUGCCCAGUCUGGAAUAUUGUUCGAUCGGGACGUGGUAAAUCUGUUUUUACACUUUACAGUAAACCCCAAACCACGGGUCGACUACAUUGACAGGCCCCGCUGCUGCCUCAGGGGGGAGGAGUGCAGCAUUAAUAGAUUCCAGCAGGUUGAGAGUCGAUGGGGGUACAGUGGUACCAGCGACAGAAUCAGAUUCAAUGUUAACAAAAGAAUAUCCAUUGUGGGUUUCGGCUUGUAUGGUUCAAUACAUGGACCCACUGACUAUCAGGUCAACAUACAGAUCUUAGAGAGCGACAAACGCAUCACCCUGGGUCAGAACGACACAGGCUUCAGCUGCGACGGCACAGCGAGCACUUUCAGAGUGAUGUUCAAGGAGCCUGUUGAGAUCCUACCAAGUGUCAGCUACACUGCAUGUGCCACCUUAAAGGGUCCAGACUCCCAUUAUGGCACGAAAGGUCUGAAGAAAGUCACCCAGGAAUCAACAACAGGGACCAAGACAACCUUCUUCUUUUUUAGCUCACCUGGAAAUAACAACGGUACUUCAGUGGAGGACGGGCAGAUACCAGAGAUCAUCUACUACAGCUAGACUUAAUACAUGUCGUGAAGGUACACUGGACCAGGGAGACCUCAGACUGCUGGGAAGACUGGACUGCUGGAGUAAUACGUAGUGCCUCGUGAACCCUUGGAUUAUAGAAUGUGUGUGUUUGACUGUGCGUGUGAGUGUGUGUGUGUGUGCGCGUGUGCAGUUGUGCACAGACAUAUUAAGGAAUGUGGAAACAGAUUCGGAGUUGUGCUAAAUCACAGCUUGGGUGGGAGAAGAAUGUUUGGGCAUAAACUGUAACACAGCUGUAAAUGAUCAAAAUACUGACGUGUGUCUGUGUGGUGUUAUGAGUAGACCACCAGUGCAUGAGUGAAAGACAGAGACAGUAACUGUGGCGGUCGACGCCAUUUCAAUUUGUUUUGUCAGUUUUUGCUGAUGCAUUUACCGAAAGUAUAAUAUUUGUGUAUCUUUUAUUGAGCACAGUUAUCAUUUAUUCAGUGACCAUCUUCAAUACAAUGUUGUUGUUUUUUUGCAUUGUAUCAAGGCUCCAUGUGUGUUAAUGUAACUGCCAGUGGUACAUGUUGUAAUUUAUGACUUCAUGUUUGCUUAGCACUUAAUCCAAUUGUAAAUAAAAAAACAGUCAAAAAGAGAA